CCCCGCUGGACGCGCCUGCGCAUAACGAAAGCUGCAGGACGCCAACUACGCCUGCGCACAGUUCUGAGGGAGGCGGAAGUGCGCACGCGCACGGGCUCCUGUCAGCGGUUAGAUGGAUGGAGUCUUCACACCGGCGGUCGCUGCAGCACUUGCCGCGCUCCGACCCCGACCAGUCGCACCCCAGAGGCGAGUUUUGGGGAAACCACAAAAAGGAGCUCCGGAGUCCUGACUGGCCUGAGCCUAGGCAUGAUGGGAUUUGUGGUCUCGUUUUAAGUUCUGGUCAGAGGAGCAUCAUGGGAGUUGAAGUUUCAAUCCGGGCCCCAUUCACUCCCAAGCCAACCCUCGCCCAACCUCACCGCUGAGCAUGAUGGGAGCUGUAGUAUUUUCUCUGACGAAGAUGCCCUUUGAGCUGCCAAAGUGCAGCUAGUUAGAUAUUGAGCUUUCUCCAGGGUGAGAUAUCCUGGGAGACGGGAUAUAGGGUUGGAUUUUGCUGCAUCCCCUGGAUCAUUUUAUUUAAAUAAAAAGAAAAUUAGGCCACUUUUCAGCUGAGAAAACAUCAUUACAGAGAUCAAUACAAAUAAGAUCUGCAUUUAAAAUAUACGACACAAAAGGAAAAUAAAUCAGGUGGGAGAAAGAAAUAAGCAAACUCAGUUUCAGAUUCAUAGUAACAAGUUUUACAUGCAGCAUGGGGCCAGUUGCAGACACUCUAUAAAAAGAUUUAAGGCUGAGAAUGUUAUGGUUCGGACACCUGGUGAGUUUGUGGCAGAGACAGGAUGCAAGGCCAAAAUAAAUAAAAUUACAAUUAAUCCCUAAUAACAGUGCAUAAAUUGGAAAUUAUGUAAGUGCCAGGUUAAAAGUUAUUGGAAUAUUUUCACACACACCAACGUUAUUAAAAUUUAGCAACACACACACACACACACAGACAACAUGCACACACAAUAAAGAUUGCAAAAGAUACUUGAAACUGUCCAUUAUAGAGCAAAAAGAAUGAACCACAUUUGUUUUAUUGAACAUAUGGAUGAUACCUAAUCUUACAAAUCCUAGUGCAACCACAGUGGUUAUAAGUGAAAACAAUGAAAGUGAAAAGUCUAAUAGCCACACUCUCUUCUCCUCCUUCAAUGUAUCAAGUAUCAUGGCUUGUGCACAUACUGCAUGAUAAUGUGCAUUCAGUGCUAAAUGCAGGCACCUUUUGGAGGUGCUGUACAUGCCAUAUCUUUUAUUUUAUUAAACUGAUAUACUGCACUUAAUCUGAAUAUCAUGUCAUCCCCAUUUUGUCUCUUGUCACAUGCUAUUUGCCGAUCGAUCUAAGGCACAUAAUGCAGGAACAGUUGCAAUCCGUUUUGUGACGAGAACUUGCUUCUCAAUCUUGCUGUCUGUAUGGGUACACAGAGAGAGCACUUUCUCAGAUUCACCUCCAGCUGGGAGAGUGACAAGAUAAGCAAUUCACCCCAGAAAGCAAUUGACUGAGAGAGGGAGAGAAGAGGCCGCGUGGGUCUGACGGGGUGUGUGUGUGUGUGUGUGAAGGAAUCCAACCUCCCCAGUUUAAGUGUGGGCUGUGCCUCUUGCAUUGCCACUUUCUCAUAAUUAAAAAGAUCCUCCCCUUCCUGCAUUGCUGGGGGCUGGACUAGAUGGCCCUUUUGGUCCCUUCCAAUUCUAUGAUUCUUGCAUUUUUGCUUGUCUGAAAAGAAAAUCAAAAAGGAUGAACCUGGUUUAACAGUAACUUUAUUUAUUUGUUUAUCGCAUUUAUAUCCCACCUUUUUCUCCAAGGAGCUCAAAGUGGUGUACAUGGUUCUCCCACUCCUCAUUUAAUACCCACAACAACCCUGUGAGGUAGGUUGGGCCGAGAGGCAGUGAGUGACUGGCUCAAGAUCACCCCAGGGAUGAUGUUCUCCCAUAGUCACCCACGCAAUGUUUUGUGCAGUGCCAAUGCACACCUACCACCCUGCUUUGCAUUUAGCCAAGGUGCUGUCUUGGACAUCUCCAUCUUUUUAUACCUGGGAGAAGAGGAAGAGUGGCUGAUCAGCAGUUGGUAGAGUUUGCAACUCCUCACCAACACAUUCCCAGUCUGGCCCAGAAUGUAAAAACAGAGCACAAUGAAGGACAGUCACUGAUUGUUGUUAUUAUUGCUAUUAUUAUAUUUAUUUCUAAAGUAAUUAAAUUAAUAGAAUUACAACAAUACAAGAAACCAACUGAUUAAAACACAGAUCAUAAAAAUAGCACCGCGCUAUCAGAAGCCAUUUCCUUUAAAAAAAUAGUCCGUUUCCCAAGGCCUUUCGGAAUACAGUAAAAGACUUCACCUGCAGGCAAAAGGACAGCAAGGAGAGAGGGAGUCUGGCUUUUUUAGGGAGGGAGUUCCAAAUCCUGGGAGCAGCCACCAAGAAGGCCCCUCUGACUGAGGAGGAGGUGUCCCCUUUGGCCAGGAUGCAGCGGGAUGUGUUGCGACAAGCUCAAAAGGCCUACCUAGGCUUUGUCUUCUGAGGUUUGAAGUGGCUGCCAGCCCAGGAAAGCGAGUGCACCCUGUGGAGUAUGCUCUAAUCUAUCAUUUUUUUCCAACCGCAGCAGUAUGAAACCAGAAAGACACCGGAAGACCAUCUUGGCCUUAAAUAAGAAACAUAAGGCUCUCCCUCCAGUCCAUAUGAAAGGGGAGUUGCUUUCCAGUCUUGCACCUCCUUUUCUUUAACCCUCCCCAACCUGGAAACUCUUGCUUGUGAUACUAAUAACUAUUUUCUUCCUCUUCUCCUGUUCCAGGUAAGAGUUUCAGUCCUGUUCGGAUGGAGCCAGAUGUCAACCCCCAGGAUGAGAAGCAGCAUCGGAAAAGUAGGUUAGACCCACAUCAGACUUUUCCCCUCUCCAGCUAAUGUUUUAAACCAGGGAUAAGGAACUUUUUUUCCAGCCCGGGGGCCGCAUUCCCUCAUGGAUAAACUUGUGGGAGUCACAUAUCCCUGGUGGGCAAGGCCAGAGGCUAAAAUGCAGGCAGGGCAUCUACUGCGACUCUUGCCUUUCGUACAACCACACAAAAGUUAGAGGUUUGUAAAAACACCUCUCUCUUUCACCCAAGUGAGCAAGAUAUAUUAUCACAGUCAGAGGCACCAACUUGCCUAUGCUGUUAAGGGGGCCAACAUUGCCCAGUGUACGGCAUCAAGCAAUGUGCUGCAAUACCUCCAAGUGCUGUCCCUCAGCUGCACCCCUCAGUCUUUGUGCUCUACACACAAGUACAUGCACACACACACACACACACACACACACACACGCACUGGGGUAAAGAGACUUGGCAACCCUGCAUUAGCACUUGCUGUUUUGGUAGCUGCAGAACUACUAGGGCUGCCAUGCUUUUGGGGAAAUGGCAACCCUAAGUACCACUUCCUGACCAUCAGCAGUGGAGGUGAUGCUACAGCCCAGGGAAGAGUGAAGGAAGGUGAGGACAGGUGACCUCACCUAGGCCCGAAGUCACCCCCCCACCAAAGCAGGCUCAAAACUUUUCAAAAUCAUUUUCUCAGCAGCUAAGCAUCAGAAACAUUCUGCUCUGCUGUAACAAAGGUAGAGAACAGUCCAUUGUUUCUCAGGCCUUUCUCAUGUCUUCUGGUCUUGCUAAAGAACCACAUUGCAACUUACUUUCUGUCCGGGAACCAUGCCAGAACAAGAAAUUGAAACAUAUCUGAACACUCUGAAACCCCUUUCCUGGGAAGGGUGCCAAGAGUCCACAAUAGUCCCAAGACAGCUUUCUGUUCAUGCUCAGAGGAACUCCUGAGGGAGGAGAAAGGGGGAGGGAACUGGAAAGGGGUAUGUAUGCUUGUGCACAUGAUUGUGAACUCGUGCAUCUUUUUGUGACUUAUCACACUUGCUUCUUCAACCAGUUCAUGGAUGGUAGAAAUAAAAGCCUUUUCUCCGAAACUAUUCCUUGAGUGUCUGUUGACUCCCACUUCCCUUUCCCAGGCGCAAUAUUUUUCCCACCCGAGGGCAAAGCCUCAUAAGGCUACAAGAGCAGCCCAAAGUCCUCUCCUGUGGCAAGCUGCAACGAGCUGCAUGGCCCCUCCACAGUCUCAGUUUGAGACCCUUUAGUAUCUUAUGGAUGUCACUUAUACCAUGUACCUCUUAAGUUGUGUUGGCAGCCAUGGCAGCAGUCCUAAAUUCCCUGCAUCCUUAUGUGCCUUACGGUGAGAAAAAUGUGGUGGCUACACCCGAGGCAAUGUUGGCCGCAACAAGCCAUAGAGAAAGCUAAUGGGGUGGAGGUAGAAUAAGUUCUGCAAAUUUAUUAAAAGUCCCAGAGCUGAGUUUGGAGGGUCAGAUAAAAGUACUUAGCAACUUUUCUCCCUAGACGAAAGAAACAGCAAAAAUAUGGACUCUAUAUUUACAGAGGAAUAAAAUGAAUAUCUACUAAAUAAAAAGCCCAAUAAAGAUCCAUAAUAACUAUAGUUUUAUAUUUUUCAGGUACACCAAGAAGAUCUUCACAAGUCCCACGUAAGUGUUUUUGUUUAGAUAUCUUUGCCCCUGCUGGGGGGUGGGGGUGGGAAUGACCCAGCCAAACUCAGUCACUUUCAUCUGGGUUUCCAGUGAUUUGGAUUUUUUCAGUCAACCGCUUAUUGCUGCAUCUUUUAACAGCAGUUUGAGAUGCAAGAAUUAACAGUGAAGCUUCUCCUGGUACACAGAUAAAAGCAAUUGCUCUCUUGUUGCAAUCUGCUGCUUUUAUUGGUAAUGGUACAGCAGCAGGAGCAGUUUAAAAGUUAUUAUUAAUUUAUUAUAUUUGUGGUCCUUCAUGUGAAGAUCUCAGGGUGUUUCACAGCAUAAAUAUACAGAAUAAAAUCACAAAGUACAUAUUAAAAGCAACAAAACCAAAGAACAACCCCCCACCCUCCCUCAAGCUCAUUUAAAAGGACAUAGACAAUCAGCCAAAAGGCCUGGCUGAAGGUUGAGGCUGAAAUCGGCUGCCACCCAUUCAGUUCCCCUUUCUUUCUGUGAUAUCAGCAUCUUAACAUACUUUCCGUGUUUUCCCUCACACAGGAGGGAAUGUCUUUUCCAAGAUAAUGCCUGCUACUCAAAAUAAAUUACGCUUCUUGCGCAAAACAAUUUUUAUAUCCAAAUGCAAAUGCAUGCAAAUUUAACCACUUAAUCUAAUUUCAGCAACUAACCCAGCUCAUACGAUUAAUAAACUAAGAUGACUUUUAACGAUGCGAGAGUUGAUCCCAGGAUUCUAGAGAUCUUGGCCAUGCAACCUGAUCCACUCUUUCUCUCUCAACAGGAGAAGACUUUGAUGGUCCUCCGCCUCCUUCUUUUAAGCCUCUGUGUCCAGCCAAGCCCUCCCCCAGUUUCCUGGAACUCCCGUCAACUCAGUGGAGGCCCAGCCCAGGCCUGCCAUAUACCCAGACAGCUCGGAUCGGGAAGGGAAAGAGACAUUUCUGUAAGUUAGGGGAACCCCCUCAUGCUUUACAUGCAUGUGGGCCCUCAUCUUAGAGUAGCCCCAUGGCCAAAAAAGUGGACAUCAAUUUGUGCAAACAUCUUUAUAUGCAGAGAUGCAUAUAAUAUUUGUAUGUCUGCUCAGUCUGCUUUGAGUGACUCACUGACCCCUCCCUUCCCCUCUAGGGUUCUUUAUCUUGUUCCCUAUCCCCCGCUUUUUAAGUUUUUAUUAAAAUGGAAUCAAAAGUACAAACAAACAAAAACAUAAGCAAGUUUACAAAAUAUAGGAGCGGUACACAGGUUGUCUUUUCCAAAUACAGUCAUACCUUGGAAACCAAACACCUUGGCUCCCUCUCUUUGCAGAAAAUGUGGAUGAUUCAGCCAACCUCUGCCUGUUCCCUUCUCUCCUCCUCUCUCUCCCCAGCCCCUGAACAUCAGCCCCAGGAGUGUUUUGGCCUGCUGGAGUGCAUGCACAACAACAUCCAGACACAGACGCAGAUCGCACAGGCACAGCUCUCCCUCCUCGAAGACAUGCGAGAGUCCAUGAACAUCCUCCUUGCCAGGCAGGAGAAGCAAAACCAGGAGCGCCUGGGGCAGUCAGAUCAACGCACCACGAAGAGCUCAGCCUCCUCUCCCAACCCCACCAGCUAGCAGCCUUGGCACGUGCCCUCCUGUCCAACUCAAAGCUCUCAGUCUCCCUAGAGCCACGGUAGCAAACCUCAUGUCCUCCAGAUAUUUUGGGUGACAAUUCCCAUCACGUUGGCUGGGGUAGAUGGGCAUUGUGGUCAAACACAUCUGGAGGGCUGCCAGGUAGGUAAAAGCUACCCUAGAGCAACUGUGUACCUAUCCUACCACACACUGGGACAAUAUACGAUUUCCAUAGAUUAGCAAUGCUUGUAAAAUUUGAUUUCUUUUUCUGCGCUGGCUGGCAGUAUUAUGUGGUGUGGGAAGAGACAGUGAUUCAAAAUAAACAUGGUUGUUAUAAA